AUGGCGGCGGCGGCGGCGGGCGCGGGCGCGGGCGCGGGCGCGGGCGCGGGCGGCGGCGGCGGCGGGGUCCUCCCCGGGUCUGUCCCCGCGACGAACUCGCCGAAGCCGGUGUCCGCGGGCGCGUCCGGGUCGUGGUUCGGGGGGUUCGACACGACGUUGAACGCCCUGUUCGCGUCGACACCCCCGGCCGAGAAGAAGGAGCCGCCCGCGGCCUCGUCGGCGGUGUAG